GUGGGGCUUAGAAAUCAACUCUAGGAUGAGUGUGCUAAUGCACAUCGGUCACGGUAAUGGUUACCAAUAUACCAUUGAUGGUAAACCUCUUCUAUGCGUUAAAGAACACAAAGACUUAGGAGUAAUAAUAAGUCAUGACUUGAAAACAACUACGCACUGCAACGCAGUUGCUCUCAAAGGUUUUCUUGCGUUAUGGUCACUUCGCCGAGCAUUCAAAUGCCUUGACGAGGAAAUGCCUCGAGUGGUCAAUCACUGAAACUCCCUACCCAAAAAAUGGCAUCAGCCACACCAGUAAGCGUUUUUAAGGAGAAGCUGCACCUUCACUGGAAGGCAGGCAUUCAGGAUUAACACAGGUUCACCAACCUACUGUCUUUGUUACUGAAGACUGAACCCGCGUUAAUGGACUACAAGGUCAAUUCCGCGAUAAAACAUGCGUCUAAAUGUUGUUGUUGCAGUUUCUGAAAACUGGGGUAUCGGGAAGGGUGGAGGUUUGCCUUGGAAAAUAAAGAAAGACAUGGAAUUUUUCAAAUCAAUAACAACUAAAGCUCAUCCAGGUCUCAAAAAUGCGGUUGUUAUGGGGAGAUUUACAUGGGAAUCUAUACCAGAGAGCUUCAAACCACUAAAGGAUAGGAUUAACAUAGUGGUAUCAAGCACGCUAUCACACGCACCACCACGUGUUCAAAUUGUUCCCAAUCUUAAUGCGGCCAUUGACUUGUUAUAUAAUGAAGAAUUCAGCUCCAUAGUAGAUGAGGUUUUUAUCAUUGGUGGGCAUCGUCUUUACGAAGAAGCCUUGAAACAAUCCAUAUACCCGGUUCGUAUCUAUUGUACGCACAUACUAAAUGAGGUGGACUGCGAUACUUAUUUCCCAAAACUCGAUUGGAGUAAACUGAAAAAAGUUGAUCUACCGGAUAUACCAGCGGGUACUUUCACAGAGAAUGGAUUUACAUACAAAUUCUGUGUUUACGACGUUCCAUCCGAACAGUUUAUAUAAUUUAUAAAU